UUAUUAUAUAUGUCCCUACCGCCUGUCAAUACUGCAAUCAUUAAUCGAUCGAACUUGAGUCGUGAGAAAGUAUCCACGUAUAUACAUCACGUAUUUGCAUCAUCAGAAGGCUUUCAAAAAUAUACUUUGCCUGUGUGCUUGUGGUUCAAAUGACUCCACUCUUUUGAUUUGUAGUAGUUCUAUACUAGAAUGAGAAAAUCUGGCUUGUUGAGUGACUUGUGUAGAAAGCAUUGAUUGACAGCAUUCUUGGACUACCUGGGAGAAUGUUUCGUCGGCCUUUUGCGUGUUUUGCGUGCUGUGAUUGAAUUAAUGACCAGGACACAAUGCGCUGCAUGGACUUCGGAUUUUGGGUCAUUGUGGAGUGCAUUUUUCUGCUCGUUUUUCAGACUUCGUCGCUAAGAGCGCAAAGUCAGACCGAGGGCUCGGUGCGGCUUAGACGGGGCAUCAACAGUCAGAGCGGCUAUGUGGAGAUUUUCCAUGACGCUGAGUGGGGGAGAGUGUGCGACACGGACUGGGAUCACGCUGAUGCCCACGUCGUUUGCAAGCAACAAGGUUACAAUGGAGCCAAAUUCCCAGCAUCAAACUUCACAGAGCCCCCAAACCCUGGUCUCCCAAUAAUCCUCGACAACUUACAGUGCACUGGACGGGAGACAGCGCUCGCCGACUGCCCAAAGGGCGAAUGGGGCCAAGUGACGACUGGGUGCCAGACUGCCAAAGUGGAGUGUAUGUCCUACGUGCCUCAGUUCAUUGGUUGCUUCUCAGAUGACUUGGAUCGCCUCCUGCCGGACUACUCCGGCCACUGCGAGCAAGGUCUGCAGGACCCCCGUUGCGGCGGAUGCGACUUCACCAACAAAUCCUGCGACAGCGCGUCCAUGACCGUGGAGCUGUGCAUCGAGAUCUGCUGCAAUGACAACGGCUUCAUCUACGCCGGCCUGCAGGGCGGGGACGAGUGCUACUGCGGGAGCGCUACGGCCCAGUACGCCAAGAUCGGGAGGCUUCCAGAGGUGCUGUGCAACACGCAGUGUUCUGGCAAUCCGGAGCAGUCUUGCGGUGCGGAUUACAAAAUGGAUGUCUACGACUGUAGCUCGGGUUGUGAAGCUCCAAACGUCAACAAAGUAAACCUUCGCACGUCCCCGGCCGUGGUGCAAACAACACUGUACAAGACAGGGCAAGCACUGACCUUCUUCUGUGAGCCCGGUUUUCAGCUGCAAGGGGCUACGACCAUCUCAUGCCAGCCAGGGGGACCGUGGAGCGCCCCUGUGCCUGAUUGUGUGGAGCCAACCUUAACCGAAACGCCCCCUGCUAGCAGUCCUUGUUCUUACCCAACGACUCUGCCACAAAAUGGAAUCUACACGCCUGCCGCCGUGUCGUUUCAACCGGGCUCCGCCGUCCAACUCUCAUGUGAUCCUGGCUACCAGAUCACGGGAAAUCCGACGCGUACAUGCCGCAGCAACGGAACAUGGACAACGGAGGACCAUGCAUGCUCAGUUGUAGACUGUGGUCUGUUACAACAGUUCCCGAAUGCAAUCCCGUCAACCUCAGCAACUACGUACGAAACUAGUGUGACGUUCACUUGCGAGUCGGGGUUCGAAUUGACUGCCGGCUCUACGGGCAAGACAUGUGAUGCUUCGGGAAACUGGAUCGGCCCAGACCCGCAGUGCGCAGGUGGAUCUACCUGCGCCUUACCGCCCCUCCCGACCCGGGGUCUGACCACACCGUUCAGGGACUCCUAUCAGCCCGGCGAUGACAUCUUCUUUUCAUGUUAUACCGGCUAUAGGAUUGUUGGCGCCACCAGUGCCACUUGUCAGAACGACGGGACUUGGAGUGACAGUGUGCCAACGUGUGAAAUCGUGGACUGUGGCGCCCUCCCCCAGUACCCUUUCGCCACGCCCAUCACAACGGCAACAGUAUUCGCGACCUCGGUAACCUUCCGGUGUGACGACACCUACGAGUUUGCGAACGGCGCAACGCCAUUCAAGACGUGUGACCAAAACGGCCGGUGGGUUGGCAUCGACCCUGUUUGCGAACAGUCUGUGUGUCCUCCUCUGCCGAAAUACUACCAGGCGGUUCAGAGCACAGAUGUAAUAGUCAUUAACACCGUGGUGACUUUUACCUGCGAAUCUGGAUACGAACUUCGGGACUCCAACCCUGCCCCCACGAAGACUUGCACCAGUGGAGGCAUAUGGGCGGGUCCAGAUCCAGUCUGCCAACGUUCGGGUUGCGCGCCCCUGCAGUCCUAUCCCAACGCCAUCAAAUCGACCGACGCCACGGACAUCGGAACCGUCGUCUUCUUCACCUGCCGUGAGGGGACAGUCAACCUACUCGCUCCCGACGAACCGACCAAGACCUGCUCGCCGGACAAGGAGUGGGUCGGACCCGAUCCAAACUGUGUUGUUGACAGAGAUUGUGGACUGCUGCCGGCGUUCCCACACACCAUUCCAAGUACAACGCUGACCAAUCUCAACACGGAGGUGUCCUUCCAGUGUGAAGCCGGAUACCAGUUGGUUGGAAGCACAGCAAUCAAAAGGUGCACUCAGCUGGGAUGGCAGGGAGCCAAUCCCACUUGCCAGGAGCUGACUUGCGGACCUAUACCCACCUUCCCUCACGCCGAAGUCCAAAACCCAUCUGGUAGCCAACGAGUGUCUACCACCGUCACCUACAUCUGCCAGGAGGGUUACGUGCAUCAAGGAGGGGACGGGAACCAGCCGUUCAAGACGUGCAUGGAUAAUUUGAACUGGGAAGGAAUCGACGCCAAUUGUCAGGAGCUGACUUGCGGACCAGUGCCCAUCUUCCCUCACGCCGAGGUCCAAAACCCAUCUGGUAGCCAACGAAUGUCUACCACCGUCACCUACAUAUGCCAGGAGGGUUACGUGCAUCAAGGAGGGGACGGGAGUCAGCCGUUCAAGACGUGCAUGGAUAAUUUGAACUGGGAGGGAACCAACCCCAAUUGCCAUGCUGUAGACUGUGGCCCGCCAGACGAGGUACCCCCUGGCGUCAUCACCAACGGCACAGAUUACACGUUCAACAGCAGUGUGACCUACACGUGCAACAGCUCAGAAGAGUUCAUCGUCGGAAACGCGACCGUCUACUGCCUGGCCACCGGGAACUGGUCGUCCGACGUGCCCGACUGCGAUGACGUAUACACAGGAGCUGAAAGCGAUCCCAGGAAUAUUCCAUACUGGGUCUGGAUAAUUCUCCUUGCUCUCGUCGUGUGUCUCAUUUUUCUCAUAGCGUCGUACAUCGUCUACAGGGUGCACACAAGGCCGUACGAAAAGUACAAGAAAAAGAAUGCCGACAGUAGUGCACCCGGUCACGACCCCCCGCAAGUACCACUGCACGGUAUCGCCAUAAGCGACCCACAUCAAGUCGCCAGUGCAAACUACGGAAUGGCCCACGACGAGGAAGGUGACACCGGCGUGGCUUCCAACGAGUCUGAUCUACAGGAUGUGUCGCUGGGAUCAGAAUCAAAUUAUCGCUACCUGGGCAAUCCGUACGCGGAGUCCGUCCGCAGCGGCUCUGUGCACCCGGCGAGCGGCACCAACGACUCCGGCAUGUACCCGUCAGACCCCGAGAGCAACUCGGUCGGUACUGACGUCGCUGGGGCCGGGUACGGCGGGGAGAAUGCGGGAUCGUCCGGGAAACAAGCUGGAGAUAACCAUGACGGGACAAAGCAAGAAGACGUGGAAAAGAAGGAGAAGGACUUCGUUGACGACAUGCUGGAUUCUGCUAAGGAAAAACUGGAUAAUUGUGUCGUUCAGUGAACAACGCAGAUUUAUAGCUUGCAACAGACAUUUAAAUGGUACUUAAAAUUUUGAUUGCCGCUGAAAGAUUAAUCAGUUUAACCUGCGUGCGGAUUUUAUAUCUGGAUUUCCAAAAUUAUUUCUUUCUGCAGAGAACCCGUGACAAGCUGCUGUUCAUGUAAAUAAUUAUACUGGACAGAAAUAAACUACUUAUUAAGUACAGAAAAGGUACUUUAGGAACGAGGUCGUUCCUGUUUUCGAUUUUAAAUAUUUGAGGAACAUAAAGGUGUUAGAUCAGUCAUGUACGGUGCGGAAUUUCUUAACAGACUGCAGUAUAUAUUCACUAACUCUUAAAGACUUUCUUAUUUGGGUUCAAAGUUAUAGAUGGGAUAUGACGUCAUAGCCGUAAAUUCCGCGCUUGGUGUAUUGACUAGCAAAUAAUCUGAUGAUGAUGCAACUUGCUUAUAAUUUUUUAGUCUUGCGCUUUACGUAUCGAUAUUUCACAAUAACAGACGAUACCGGGAAUAGAUUGCGACAGGAGUCGACAUUCGAAUAAAUAAAAUGGCGUCGAA